GGUGACACGCAACUCAAAGCUCUGCUGCAGUUGAUGGCAGCUUCUGAGGCAGGGAGAGAUGUGGCCUACUUCACUUUUGGAGAUGAGGAACUCAUGAGGGAAGUGCAUUCCAUGUACAAAUUUCUUCAAGACAAAUUUGUCACUGUCGGCACUCUCUACAGCCACUUAAAGCAGUACUCUAUUGUGGUGUCUAAGCAUCUCCAGAGGCCUAACAUCAGUCUCUAUGGCUACAUCUAUGAUAAAGUUGGAACAAAUACGGACCUGGAGCCCAGUCCCAGCGACAGCGACAGCACCUUAACCACUGCGCCUUCCCCCUGUCCUGCACACUGCCAUUAAUACUGGUCCACAGUUAACUCAACCUGUCCAAAUGUCUCAGCACUUUCUUUUCCUUUAGAAAUACUUUUUGGGUGAUUGUCUAGAGAGCACAUUAUGCCUUCUUUUCUUUUCUACAAGUGAGUAAGUUUCAAGUCACAAUGAAUAAGGGGACGGAAAGUAUAGCAAUAGACUGUAAAUCCUUAUUUCUGGUGAACAUAAUCUAGGUUUAAUCCCGGGAUAGUUUUUCCUGUAAUGUCAGACAAGCUUCCCUGGGAUCAAGCUUACUGCAUGAUCUUGUGGCAUUAAAUGAUCCACUUGGGUGACCAAGGUUUAGUCUUUUUCUUUUUUUUCCAGGAACUAACUUAUUUACUGAUUUACAAUAAAGUGUGUAGAGAUAAUUAACAAAAUAUGCAUGAAAACCUCUAACUACACAGUAAAUUCCCCUGUGACACUUUAUUAUGAAAUAUAUUGCACAAGACUUUUCCUUUGUUUUUUUCUUUCUCAAAUAUGAGAAGGUUUGAUAAUGAAAAAAAUGUAUUACCUGUUGAAAAACAACUUGUAUAAUCACACUAAUGUAAUUGCUGCAAAUCAGAUGGUGGGAAAAUAUAUGUAGUCUCUGCAUGGCAUUUUUAGCGAUUUAUUAUGCUCAAGGUUUUUUACCGUACCAUUCAUUGUUUUGAUUAAAGGCACCUUCAAGAAACGGGGUUGAUAUUUAAAGGUAGUGAAUACUUUCAUAUGUUUUGCUCUUUAUUUUAUUAUGAUUUGAUAAAUAAAAUUGUUGAUUCAGA